GAUAAAUAUGGCGAUGUAAACAAUUUCACGUGUUCUUUUAAGUUUUAUCAUAAAACAAAUUGAAAUGGAAGAAAAUGAUCCUAAGAAGUCUCAUAGGCCCCGCCAGGCAGGGAGAAAGGCAGAGAAAAAGAAAUCAAAGAAUAAACAUGAACAAGAGUUGACCGCAAAGCAGCGAAACCCUCGAGCUUUUGCUAUCCAGUCUGUAAACAAGGCUGCAAAAGCAUUCAGAAGGUUUGUAAAAAAAACACUUUUUCUCUCUCUUGCUACUUGUUUGAAUACAUGCAUUUUAAAGUGCUUAUUAUGAUUUUUAUGGUUAAAGUGCAGUUCGGGUGCGUAUUUUAUUUCUUAACGCAUUUGGUGUAUAUGCUGUAAACUUACAUGUAAAUGUAGCCCAUAUUAGCCAUAUUCUUUAUUAAAUUUAAAUUAACUCCAGGCAGUUCAGUAAAUAAAUACUUUUAAAGUUCAACUAUAAGUAAUACUAACAACUAAUAAAAGAUAUUAGUAGUUAUCUAAUGCUAAAUUGUACAGCGCUAACUUUUCUUUUUAUUUGUUUUCUAAAGCAUCUUUGAAAAUCCCCCAAACAUACUUAUAUUAGCCUGUGUUAGGCUGUGGUGAAUGAUCUCUCCAUUUAUUUUCUCUCCCAGAUUUGUUAGCAUAUAAAAUAAGUUUGCAUAGCUAAAUGACAUGUUCAAAACUGAAGUCAUGUUAACAAAAAGGAAAAUAAGGGGGUGGGGGUGUUGAACUUAAUAAAAUAUUCCAUUUUGGGUAGGCCCAAAAAUUCGGCAUUUUCUAAUAUAAGCGGGGUAAAUAUAAUUUCAAAAAAAGGCCCCUGGAUGGUGAAUGGAUCUAGACCAAAGUUAGUAAACAUACACUGGAAAAUCCAUUUUCAAAUAAUGCAGGGUACUGAACUCAUAAUUCCACUCAUUUUUCCUAAUAUAAGCAAUAUACAUUUUAAUUUUAAAUACCAGUAGUAGUAGGCUUAGACAACAAUAUAGGCUUCUGCGUGAAUGCAUUGACAUAGACAUAGGCAAAUGUUUGUAGCUCUAUCCUAAAUACUUCAUAAUAAUCAUAAUCCAUACUUAUAAUAUUGGUUAAUUUAAGGGUAGCCUAAUAAUAUUCACUCCUUUUAGGCCUGGUUAAGAAUUUUCCAGAAAGUUCAAAAUAUCAAUAAAUAAAUUUAUUAUAAUUUAAUUUCUUGUUUUGUUUUUGUGAACAUGCCUUCAGUUUGUAAAUUUCAUUUAGCAUAACAACUUACAGAUGAAAAAAUCUGGCAUAUAUGUUGAAAAUAAACUGUGAGAGAUUUCUUUACGGCAUUCAAGGGCUAUAUAUCAUUGGGGGCUGUUUAACAAUGCUUUGGAAAUCAAAUAAAAAAUAAAAGUUAGCGCUGUACAAUUAAGUGUUAGUUAACUAUUACUUCCUGGAGUUAAUUUAAUAAAGAAUCCACAUAAAUCUAUUUGCGAAAAUACGAUAAGAAAUAAUAUACACACCUGAACUUCACAUUACUGACUGAUUAUCCCUUUUCAUCCUUAAGCCUACUUACUUCAUUACUUUAAACCUCCCCCCCCCCACCCAUUCAGCAAAGUAAUUUAAUGCUGCCAGGAGUGAUAUAUGGUAUGUAACCGCUCUGUUAAAGUAAACCUGUGAUUUUAAAAUUAUUCUUAUUUGUUUUAAAUUUGGUUUUCCAGAACAGCGGAUAUCAAGACAAGGAAACAACACAUUCCCAAAGUUGACCGGACCCCAACAGAGCCUCCACCCAUUGUUGUAGCUAUUGUUGGACCACCCAAAGUAGGCAAAACAACUUUGUUGAAAUGUUUGGUCAAGAACUUCACUAAACAAAAAUUAACAAACAUCAAGGGACCAGUAACGGUAGUGGCAGGUAAGCUAGGAAUAAAAAGUGUUGUAAGAAUCACAAAAUAUGAAACAUGAUACUGAUAUAUUAUGGCCUACUGUGUUUAAUUUGAACCAAGGAUAAAUUGUUUUAUUGUACUUUUUUUUUCACCAUUUAGGUAAAAAUCGACGUCUGACUUUUAUCGAGUGCAAUAAUGAUAUUAACUGUAUGAUUGAUGUGGGGAAAAUUGCUGAUUUGGUAAGUCACAGAUUCUUACGUAGAUUAUUUAAAAAAAAAAAUUGAUGAGCUAAUUUUUGGUUGCCAUUUCUUACUGGGGAGUACAUAUGAGCCUUGUGUUUUAAUGAACGCAUGAUAUGAUAUGCACAUUGAUCUUUUAGGAUAUGCCCUCAAAAUGUAUUGAAUAUGAUAAAAAUGAGUAAUUGUGUUUUUAAGGAAAUUUUAUCCUAAAUUCUGCUUCAUUACUUUCCGUGCUCACAAUUAAGUCUCUAUUCAUUUUGUUCAUCAUGACUUUCUUGUCAGGUUUUAUUAAUGGUAGACGCCAAGCAAGGUUUUGAAAUGGAAAUAUUUGAGUUCUUCAAUAUCUGCCAAGCUACUGGUUUCCCACGGUGUAUGGGAGUUUUAAACCACUUAGACAUGUACAAAGAUGGCAAAGCUGUACGAAAACGUAAGAAGACGUUGAAAAGCAGAUUUGAAGUUGAGUUGUAUAAGGUACGAAUAACAAAAUAGUCUUAUUUAUUUCGGGAUCCUUUAAAGAUAAUAAUUAUUUUUGUAGCAUUGAAAAUGUGUAAGGAUAUUGAAAGAAGGUUCUUAGAUGAUCCACUAAUCAUUUGCUAGUUUAGCAUAAGUGCAUUCAAUAAGAUGUUGGUGUUUGUACCGACCUGGAUCAUACAAUUCUAGUAACAAUCUGUUAAUUUUUUAAUUUUUUUUUUGUAUUUCAGGGUGCACGUUUAUUUUAUCUCUCCAUGCUUGUCAAUGGGGAAUAUCUGCAGAAUGAAGUCCACAAUCUCUGUCGAUUUAUUUCGGUCAUGAAAAUGACCCCUCUGGUUUGGAGGGCCUCACAUCCUUAUGUCUUAGCCGACAGGUAAUGCCGAUGUUUGGUCAUGUUUUAACCAGAGGUUUUGCUGGUCUGUACUGUUUUAGAAUAGUCCUGUAAACAUUCAAAUGUUUUUUUAAAAACAUAUUUUGUGUGUGAGUCUACUUUCAAAGCCGUUGAUUGUCCGCCAAUCAUUCAAUGCAUUUCUCAUAUUUUAUUUGUUAAAUUAGUGGGCCUUCUAUUCAGUCUUUAGACUUUUUGUUUGUUUGUAUCUUGGAUUUGUAGAUGUUAAGUAAGUGGGCCUUCUGUUGAAUUAGUGGGCCUUCUGUAAAAUUAGUGGGUCUUCUAUUUAGUCUUUAGACUUUUUGUUUGUUUGUAUCUUGCAUUUGUAGGAUAGAAGACAUUACCAACCCAGAGAGCAUCAGGCAGAAUCCAAAGUGUGACAGGGUUGUCAGUUUGUACGGUUAUAUGAGAGGCACCCACAUGAAAUCCAAGUCAAUGGUACACAUUGCAGGUAUACAUUUGUAUGUUUAUUAGCUGUUAUUUUUUCAAACUUACAUGACCAAAUUAUAAUUUUGAUACCUUUUCUCUCCGUGUUACAUAUACAUAUCAUCCAUUUCGGAUAUAUUUGAAUCUAACUGACACUUUACAUAUCCUGAAUCACCCAGGUUGUGGUGACUACGUCAUAAAAACCAUGACAUUUCUCCCCGACCCUUGUCCGACGCCUCUAAUGGAGAAGAGGAGAUCACUCAACAAAAGAGAACGUUGCAUCUACGCCCCAAUGUCUGGUGUAGGGGGCAUUGUCUACGAUAAAGAUGCCGUGUAUAUAGACAUGGGGAAAUCAUCACAAGAAGAGGUCGGUUCAUCUUUGUUAUUAUACUUGGGUCUCUUUAAAGUGUGUAAGAGCCUUCCUAUGGUUUAAGACCAGUGUGUCAAAAAUGUUCAUAGAGUUUAAGACCAGCAUGUCAAAAAUGUUCAUAUUGAUUGAUUGAUGAGAUAUUUAUAUAGCGCUGGCAUCCAUGCUACUUUAGCAUGCUCAGUGCACUCUGGUUUACUUAAAUCUAUUUAAACAGAAAAGUCUUCAAAUGUUUCUUCAAUGAUGUUCUAUCAAUAUCAAUUCCCCUGAAAGAUUGAGGCAAACUUUAAGACCAGUGUGUCAAAAAUAUUCACAUAAUUUAAGACCAGUGUGUCAAAAAUGUUCAUAUAGUUUAAGACCAGUGUGUCAAAAUGUUCAUAUAAUUUAAGACCAGUGUGUCAAAAAUGUUCAUAUAGUUUAAGACCAGUGUGUCAAAAAUGUUCAUAUAGUUUAAGACCAGUGUGUCAAAAAUGUUCAUAUAGUUUAAGACCAGUGUUUCAAAAAUUUUCAUAUAAUUUAAGACCAGCAUGUCAAAAAUGUUCAUAUAAUUUAAGACCAGUGUGUCAAAAAUGUUCAUAUAGUUUAAGACCAGUGUGUCAAAAAUGUUCAUAUAGUUUAAGACCAGUGUUUCAAAAAUGUACAUAUAAUUUAAGACCAGUGUUUCAAAAAUGUUCAUAUAGUUUAAGACCAGCAUGUGAAAAAUGUUAUUACAACCAUUCAAAUGACCAUUUCAAAGUUGUAUAGGUGCUUGACUUUUGGUGCGGAACUAUUGGUGCUGAAGGUAUCUGUAGUCUUACUGUUAUUGCAGACAUUCUUUCGUAGUUUAAAGUCUUGUGUCAUUUCAUCAGGAUAAGCCCUCAGGCCUUGUGGCGGCACUGAUGGAGAGUCUAAAGCCCAUGGAUGAAAAAGUCAGAGAGAGCCAGAUUUCUAUCUUCAAAGGCGGGCCAGCAAUAUCUGGCUCAGAAUUUGACAGAAAAAGGUAAGAGGUGAAUAGAAAGUUGAUGGCUCUUGGGAUUGGUGGCUCUUGGUCAUUUACCACACAGAUAAGUCAGUGUAUGGCAGUUGACAUGUAAUUUAUCAAUGAACUAGUGAGUUUCAGUAAGAUUUACUUGUAUGUGUGUGUGUGUAUAUAUAUAUAUAUAUAUGUGUGUGUGUGUGAGCUAUAGUGAAAUUUUUUUGUUUGUGAUAUGUCAGUAUAUAGCACUGGCAUAGCAUUUGUUGGACUACACGUAAUACUUUUAAACAACUGCAUCAGAAGGGGUUGUCUUUGAACUGCUGCAGUUGUUCGGUUCAAAGUUCAGCAGUUUCAACCAUCUUUACAGUGGUGCUUCGACCCAACUGAUUUUUAUGCCCAAUCGUUUCAGACACCGUGAUAAAAACAGUGAUGACGAGGAAGAAGAUCAAGAGGACACUGAGGAUUCUGGGAUGGACACGGACAGCAGUCAUGGUGAUGAUGACAGUGAGGACCAGGAAGAUGAAGAGGUGACGUCUAACUAACUAAUUCAAACAUUGCAAAGUUAACCCCUCGAUUAACAUUUGUUGUUGUUUGUAUGUAUUGCUCUCAUUUCUUUCUGUUCGGUUUCUUGUCUUGCAACUCUACAGGGACCAUUGCUUUAUAUUGUUGUGAUAAAAAUCCAUAACAUUUUAAUGAAACAAAAAUCAAUAAAUAAGCUAUUUUUCUUUUAUUAGAUAAUAAUUGAAGGACUGCAUUCAAGCUUUGUGAAUGAAAUAAUCUCCUACUAACUACUAAUGUUUCUCAAUUUCCCUGUAUUUCUUCUUUUUUUUCUUCUUAUUCCUUAGAUUUUUAUGUUUCCCUAAAUAUUUUAGUCCGUUAAGAUUCUGGACAUUAUUUUUCACAGUACCAAUAUUUAUAUUCUUUCACUUCCUGUAAUCCUACUCCCAGCAACAACAAAGGAGAUCUCUAAAGUUUUUUACCGUGCUCUGUUUCUUGUCGUGCUUCUUUUUGUCCUGUUCGCUGAAGAAGGCUCUAAGCCGAAACGUUCACAUCUUAUUGUCCUGUCUUUUGACUCAAGCUUCAACAGACCUUUGUUUUACUAUUUCAUUUAUUACCAGGUCAGAUAACUCUUGUAUACAUUUAAAAAUUCAGGCAUUCAGAGAAAUGUUUUGAGUUUUGUUUAACUUUGCCACUCUCCCAGGCUGAAGGUCCUCCAAAGAAGAAAAGGAAAACUCUUAAUGAUGGGGGCGAGGUUGAGCUGAAGUCAGAAAGUGAUGACGACGACGAUGAUAGCGGUCCUGAAGAUGAGGAGGAACAAGAUGAAGUGAACGACAGUGAAGAGGAUGACAGUGAUGAAGAGGGUGGUGAGCACAAACCUAUUUCAUUUCUGUAAUAACUGGCCCAUGGCUCGGCCACCAGACCUCUAUCAACUUAAUGUUAGGGUUAUUGAAAAUCGGAUUUUUAAAAAUAAUAGCAUUUCAUGUAAAUAAAAAUCUCUUAAGAAUCAAGUGCCUAUGGAUAGUUUCUAUGUAAGACUGCUACACAAGAUUUUUGGCUAUAAAUUUUAUCCUGCUCCUACAGGGAUGCUCAAAUGGAAGAAAAAUAUGUUUGCAAAAGCUGCCAUCAAGCACACCACUAGAAAAAAUUAUUUCAAAAUGGUUUAUGGAGAGGGUAAGUGUUUUGUUGUUUUUUUGUUGGCAUAAUAAUUUAUGGACUUUACACCUUCAAACAUGCAUUGAUUUUGAUGUCAAUUGUGUACAUGUGGGUGGCAAGAAGCACCCUUUCUACCCACACUAGCCCACUGUUUGGGACCCCUGAAAUGGGAUUAUUAUCAACUUUGAAACACUGCUCCUUGUUCCUGAUGUCAAGGAUAUUUAGUCAUGACUGAAACAAGCCGCCCUAACAUAAAAGCAUGGCCACUCAAACCCGACUGUUUAUUGUGUUGUGUAAAUGUGGGUGGGGGUCGAUCAUUUCACACUCUUAAUAUAAAGACUUGCAUUGGAGGAUACGCUUCUUUGAUUUUGAAUUGUAAAUAUUAAACCAAAAGUCUUUGUUUGGAUUAAGAAAUGCAGUAUUUCUCAUCAAUAAUUAAUGUUUGGGUAAAUCCAGACCAUUUUACUCUUACGAUUUCGGCGUACAAUGUAAGAUUUUGAGUUGUAUACAUUCUAUAUACUGUAUGUUUUUUUUUGUUUUUUUCACUAUUAAGAUAAUCUAUUGAACGCUUUUGUGAUGAUAUUAUACGAUUUUAUGAGUUUGAGGGUAAACAAGUCUGUAAAUCUGUUAGGUCCUUUGACAUAUGCUUUACAUAAAUCUUUCUUGAACUAGAUUCAGGUCAUGAUGCCGAGAGUGACACUGACCAGAAGGAUGACGACCUGGCUGGUUUGUUUAAAGUCCUCAAGAAACAGAGUGGUGACAACAGGCAAGAGGACAAACACACCAUCAACAAGAUGGACUGCAAUCAUGUGGUCGCUGAUGAUAAGUGGAAGUUAGACCAGGUAGGUCAAGGCUACCCUCAUGUAGGGGUAGUUAGUAAAUAACUGAAUGUCUCAAUUAGUGUUUCUAGCUUUGACUGGAUUAUCUGGAUAAGGAAAACUAAUGAAUGGCAUAAAGAUUUAAUUAUUCCUUGUCUGAACCUCUAUUUCUCUUAGUUGAGUGAGGAAAUCCUGGACACUUUUGUGACAGGCAAGUGGGAUGCCAGUGAGGAUGCUAAAGCCAGGUUGGAUGAAGAUGGUAGGUUUGUUACAUAAUGUCAUCUUAGAUGUAGAAACAAUGAUUUUAUUUAUCUCAUUUGAUAUUUCACCUUGUGAAUCAGGAUCACUUUCACUUCUUUUCACUUAUAUUUAAAAUUUUUGAUUUUAAUCAAUAUGCCAGUCAAGUUGUGGUUUUUAUUUGGUGGAAUUGUUAUUAUUUAUUUCCUAUGUAACAAUUCAUUCCUUAAUAAUUACAAUGCAUAUCUCAUUCGAUAUUUCACCUUGUGAAUCAUGAUCACUUUCACUUCUUUUCACUUAUAUUUAAAGUUUCUGAUUUUAAUCAAUAUGCCAGUCAAGUUGUGGUUUUUAUUUGGUGGAAUUGUUAUUAUUUAUUUCCUAUGUAACAAUUCAUUCCUUAAUAAUUACAAUGCAUAUCUCAUUCGAUAUUUCACCUUGUGAAUCAUGAUCACUUUCACUUCUUUUCACUUAUAUUUAAAGUUUCUGAUUUUAAUCAAUAUGCCAGUCAAGUUGUGGUUUUUAUUUGGUGGAAUUGUUAUUAUUUAUUUCCUAUGUAACAAUUCAUUCCUUAAUAUAUAUAAUUCAAACAAUUUGCACAAAUCAACUUGACUGUUUUCAGAUGCCAUGUUCGGGGACUUUGAAGAUUUAGAAACUGGAGAAAAAUUUGUAUCAGAGAAGAAAGGUGGUGGUAAUGAUGGCAGUAACGAUGAGGAUGAUGAUGAUGAUGAUGAUGAUAAAGAGGGUGACGAUGACAAUGCAACUAAACAAGUCAAUGCAACAGAGGAUGGAGAGCGUAUGUUUUUUAAAUCACAAUUUAUAUUAUAAUUUAGUUAUCAGUACAUUGAAUGUGAAACAAAUGAAAAGAAAUUAACAGUCUUGUUUACAAAGAGGUGUGCUUCGUAUUCCAGCAAAAGGAUCAGUUUCUCUCAAAUAAUUUUAAUAAUUUAAAAAAAAUUAAUGUUGAAGUUAAACUGUCAACUAAAAUUUUAAAGUUUAGAUUUAUUUUAAAUACAGUACCAUCCUAAGUUGCUUGAGGCAGGAAAUAUGGAGUUCAUAAUUAUACAUUAAAAUGAAUUAAUGUAAUAAUAAACCAUUGCUCUGACGAUCUCCCACAAAUCACAGUUAUAAGAAUGGAAAGCAGCUGCAUGGUAUGUAGAUGAAUAUAUGGGUGUUGAAAUAUUUUCUUUAGCCGAGACCGAGCAAGAGAAGACUAAAACAAAAGCAGAGAUGACUGCACACGAGCGAAGACUUUCCAAGAAAAGAAAGAUUAAGGAACUUUUUGACAAAGAUUAUGACACAAAGGGAGAAUCGGAGUUCUAUGAUUCAUGGAAACAGGAAGCUGACGAUCAGGCAAAGGUAAGAGGUCACGCCCCGAUGUGCAGACUUGAGCUUGAAAACGAAUCAGUUUAGUUUUCACCCCACUGAAGUAUUUUAACCUCUGCCCUUCAAUAGGCGCAGUCUUUCUUUGUUUUCCUGUUAUUGAAAACGAGUUACUGACAUGAAAUACCAACGAAACAAUAGAAAAUCUCUGCCAUUUUUAUUGAUGAAGGUUCAAUAUAAUCUUUAGUUGGGAGUUUUUUCUUAGCUCAACAUCCCCUGGCAUUUAGGAGUUGAUCUGUUAUUUACACUGAAAUCAUAUCCCCUGAAGCAAAGCAUUUGAACUUGCAUAAAAUUUGUGUAAUCAUGAUUAAAUCUUAACAUGUCUUUGUGUAUGUACGCAAUCUGUUUUGUAUCCCUAGCUGAACAGAGCUGAGUUUGAGGACAUGCCAGAGGAACAGAGGGUCCAGUUUGAGGGAUUCCGCCCUGGCAUGUAUGUGAGAAUAGAAUUCGAUCAGAUGCCUUGUGAGCUGGUGGAGAACUUCGACCCCACAUAUCCAAUCGUUAUCGGUGGAAUGAGCAACAUAGAAGAAAAGCUGGGCUACGUCAACGUGAGUGCGGCUGGGGUGGUUUUAAAUCUACGACAGCUAGAUUUUUCUUCAUAAAUAGGAUACAGUGGUGAACUAUUUUGGUAUCCCUCAGUGUUUAAAAAUAAUGAGUGUUUACAAUUAGUGUUAAGCUUAUACAAUUAUUGGAAGAUGAUGUUUAAAAAAAAAAUUCAAAAUAUUGAAAUGAUUUUUUCAGUAUAAACAAUCUCUGAUCUAAUUCCUUACUAACGAAUUUAUUUCCACUAAAUACUAAUAACUCCUGAACUUUUUAAAAAUUAUUUUAACUUUAAAAAUUUAAAAAAAAAACAACAACAGUGGGAAUCAAAUUAGAAUUACCUGAAAUAUUUACAUUAACUAUAAACAAAAUUUCAAGAUGCCAUCAUCACCUCUUUUGUACACACUGGGUCCACAUGCUUCUUACAUUCUUUUUUUUCUCCGUGCAACUACAGGUGCGUGUCAAGAAGCACAGGUGGUACAAAAAGAUAUUAAAGACAAGAAAUCCUUUAAUAAUCUCCCUGGGGUGGCGACGGUUCCAAACCAUUCCGUUCUACUACAAGCUGGAGGACAACAUGAGGCGUCGUAUGCUGAAAUACACGCCGGAGCACAUCCACUGCCAGGCAACAUUCUGGGGUAAAUAAGUUGUCACAUUAGUGUUAACACUCUACUUGGUGAGAUUUACUGCAAUCCCGUUAUUUAGAUGUGUAGUCUUGACCUCUUCUGCGGGCUCAACAUAGCUCCUCUUCAUUAAUUCAUUAAAACUCAAGCUUUUGAUAUUUUUAACCAGAUAAUGCAAAAGACCACGACCAGGUGUCCAUAUUAUAUCCUGUUUUUAUAAAUUUAAAUUUUUGUGCCCUUUUUUUUAAAAAGCCAAAUAAUUUAUUAUGUCUUCUUAUCUGCAUUAAAUGUUUGGCCUUGUAUUCACAUGGAUGCAUUUGUUUUUUGUUUUUUUUUGUAGGUCCUAUCACACCACAGGGAACAGGAUUUCUUGCUGUAGAAUCAGUCUCAGAGAAAACAGUAAGUUUGUGACUGUGGAUCCACAUUAGUCACAGGAACAUUAGAGGGUAUUGAGGUUAUGAAGACAGAAAUGCAUCUUGGUCCAACAGCCAUUCUAUCAUGUGCUCUUCUGCCCAAGGCCGUAGUGAAACACAAGCUAUUGUAAUUAUAGAGAUCUUCUUUUUAACACACUCUAUAGAGAUCAUAUUUUUCAAGAAGACUUAGAAGAUACAUUUAAUAUGGCUCAUCUAUAAGAUACAUUUAAUAUGGCUCACUUAUAAGAUACAUUUAGUAUGGCUCACUUUUAAGAAACAUUUAGUAUGGCUCACUUAUAAGAUACAUUUAGGAUGGGUAUCUUAUAAGAUACAUUUAAUAUGGCUCUCUAAUAAGGUACAUGUAAUAUGGCUCUUUCAGUAAUGCUUGUUGCUUUCUCACAGGCUAAUUUCCGUAUCGCUGCCACUGGUGUAGUUUUGGAGUUGGACCAGUCAGUGGACAUAGAGAAGAAGUUAAAACUUGUGGGUGCUCCACUGAAAGUCUUCAAAAAGUCAGCAUUUAUACAGGUAAAUCAUGUUGAUUAUACACACAAGUCAUCUUUAUUACUGUUAAGUGAUGUGGAUCAUACAGGCAAGUCAUCAUUUAAUUCAGUAUUUGCGCAAACGUUAUAGGAGUUUCAACAAAAUCUGUUGCAAGAAAUGAUAUAAUUUUCAUGCCUUUUUUUUCACUCAUUCAGUUUUAUGUUCACCUGAUAAGUGGUUUUUUUUUUUUUCAUCAGAAUAUGUUUACCUCUUCGCUGGAAGUGGCCAAAUUUCAAGGUGCCCGUCUGCAAACUGUGAGUGGCUUGAGAGGACAGGUCAAGAAAGCAUUGCAUUCCCCCCCUGGAGCAUUCAGGGCGACGUUUGAGGAUAAGAUCAGAAUGAGUGGUGAGUACCGAUAGACCGAAGGCUGUGUUUAGUGGUCUUAAAGUCAGUGAUGCUUACUGAAUGGGUGUUGACACAGCUGAAUGUGUAGUGGGGAAGACCCCAAUGAGGUGAACACAUGUGUCAUAUUUUUGUUUAAGAUGGACUAAGCUAUUGUUAUCUUUUAUAAAUACAUUUGCUUUUCAAUGUUUUUCUUUAUUUAAGACAUUGCAAUCAUUCCAGUUUUGAUUGUUUGACAAUGUGACAUUUAUUAAAAUAAAGAAACUAGUAGUUCUGACAGUGGAUUCAUUACACGCUGCCUAUCAAGUCUUUAUCUGUUCACUGACAAGAGACGAAGUCGACCUACUCAUCUUGUCUAGUUGCUAUGGAAAUGCCUGACAUUCUAUUACAAAUUUUAGUUGAUAUUUUUUAACUGUUCAGUUGUAACAAAUUUUUUAACAUGACUUAUUGUUUUGUUCUCCUUAUAUCAUAAGCCAGGGUUUUCAUUUAAAAGAAGAGAGGGAGAUGGGAGGGGUUGGCAUUUUUGUGUUCCUGUAAAUGACAUGUUAAUAUUGGUUGUGUGUUCAUGUACAUGUCAAUAUUGGUUGUGUUUUGCAGACAUUGUUUUCCUGAAAGCCUGGGUGAAACUUGAGAUUCCCAAGUUCAUCAUGCCAGUGACCUCCCUUUUGUUGUCUCCUCAAGACAAACAAGUUUGGAUGGGAAUGAGGACCAUUGGUCACCUGAGACACGAGCGUGGUCUACCCGUGACGCAGAAAUCUGACUCCCUUUAUAAGGUUGGUUUUAUAAGAUACCACAUUGGACACCGUCAAUUGUAAACUAAAAUGUAGAAACAUAUUUCAACAACUUGUAAUACUUUUAUCCAGCGGUGACAUCCUACCAGUUAGCACUGGUUUGUGCAAACCGGUUCUUAAAAUUAUAAAAACAUAAGUAACUCUUAAAUCAUCUAAAAAUAGUUUAGUUCAAGAUGGCAGGAUGGCAUGUCUUGUCAUAGAACCAGUUCCUGGAAAUUUGGGAUGCCACCAAUGAAAUCUAUACUGAAAUCCAUUUUGCUUGCUGUGACCUUAAUGAUCCACUGUAACACCAGCAUUGUUUUUAUGAACAAUUAUUUUUUCAAUAUAUGUAAAUAUUUAAAAAUCUAAAGCUAAUUUGUUUUACAAUGGAUGUAUUGCCGGCAGUCUAUCCUGUUAGUUAAACAUACAUUAUUCUAAAUUUAAUAAUUGCAGCAAAAUAAUCUCAAAGCGGUCUUGAGAACUUAAUUUCAAAGAAGUCUUCUGAGAGUAAAUGUGAUUGCAAAUGUAAAUUUAAGUAAUCAGCUGUGUUCAUCUUUGUCUUUUGUUGCACUAAUUUCGGACAAUUUUCUGUUUAGCCCAUCGUUCGACCAGAGAGAGAGAGAAAGCCCCUAGUGAUACCCAGAGAUCUAAAGAAACGGCUUCCUUUCAAAGACACCCCAAAGGAACUUAAGGAACCUAAACAGCCCAAGAGAGUUGCAGUAGUUAUGGAACCCCAGGAGGCUAAGGUGAUUUCAUGGAUACUUUAUUUAUUUAUUUUGUUGAUAAUUGGAUUUUACUUCAAUUGAGAUGAAUCUAUAUUAACUUAAGUGUUUGGUUAUGCCUUUGGAAUAUUCCCACAGUCCUUGUCCUAUUUUACAUACAAUUUAAGAUUAGAUAUUUUAGCCAUCAGUUUGAUGGACCAUGGCUUUCAUUAUAUCAUAUUACUGUUUUAAUUACCGGGGUAUAACAUAUUACUGUUUCAGAUUGCUAACUUCUUGAAGCGUGUGAAAGCUCUUCACAACUUCAAAGCCGUGUCUGAGCACCGAGCAAUGAGGCAGAGAGCGAAGCAGCACCAGAAGAAGAAGGCGGCAGAGGAGGCCGUCAAGCAAGAAAAACUCAAAGAUGCUAAGAAAAGGCUGCAUAAAAUUUUGGGAGAGAUGAAAAAACAAAAGGAAGGAAAGGAUCACAGUUAAAAAGCA